UAAUUUAUGUUUCUUCAUUCUGCAGGACUGCUGYUCACCAAAGCAAACAGGAUUCCAGUUUGAGCCGACAGAGGAGAGUUCACACUUCCAUCGCCACAGCUUGAAUGAUGUCAGGUCUAAUUUACAAAGUCAGGGGGCAAAAGUUGAUCCCAGGGCGUCAAAUGACUCUUCUUUCAUAAAAUAUCAUCGCAAAACAGUGAUGGAUUUUUUUUGUUUCUCGUUAUAUUCUGCCUGGCUGGAUAACAGGUCCCCUUCUUGAUUUGGGUAAGAUGUAGCCGGACUCUUGAGCAUAAAUGGCAUAAAUCCUCCCACACAUGUUCAGGGAUGGAUCCCGUGAACUUCACCACUGUCGUCGACAGCGGCUUCUUGGACGAGACGCCGUCGAGCCGCGUCCUCACCGGCUGUUUCCUCUCACUGCUCAUCCUCACCACCCUGCUGGGGAACACGCUGGUGUGCGCGGCCGUCACCAAGUUUCGACACCUGCGCUCCAAGGUGACCAACUUUUUCGUCAUCUCGCUGGCCGUGAGCGACCUCCUGGUCGCCGUCUUGGUGAUGCCGUGGAAGGCGGUGACGGAGAUCGCGGGRUUCUGGCCCUUUGGCUCCUUCUGUGACACCUGGGUGGCUUUUGACAUCAUGUGCUCGACGGCGUCCAUCCUCAACCUUUGCGUCAUCAGCUUGGACCGCUACUGGGCCAUCUCCAGCCCCUUCCGCUACGAGAGGAAGAUGACACCCAGAGUGGCUUAUGUGAUGAUCAGCGUGGCCUGGACGUUAUCUGUCCUUAUUUCUUUCAUCCCUGUGCAGCUCAACUGGCACAAAGCCCAGAAUAAGUCUUACAAGGCUCUCCCUGAGCCAUUACUAGACUCAAACACAUCAUCUCACCGUGACCCAGAGAACUGUGACUCCAGCCUGAACAGGACCUACGCCAUCUCCACCUCUCUCAUCAGUUUCUACAUCCCUGUUGCCAUCAUGGUCGCCACGUACACCCAGAUCUACCGCAUCGCCCACCGACAAAUCAGGAGGAUCUCUGCCCUGGAGCGGGCCGCCGAGAGCGCCAAGAACAGGCACAACAGCUUAGGCCGAGGCUCAAGCAUCGCAGAGUCUGAGAGCUCCUUCAAGAUGACGUUCAAGAGGGAGACCAAGGUGCUGAAGACGCUGUCGGUGAUCAUGGGGGUGUUCGUGUGCUGCUGGCUCCCGUUCUUCAUCCUGAACUGCAUGGUGCCCUUCUGCGAGCAGCCGAGCGACGGGGAGGCCUUCCCCUGCAUCAACCCCACCACCUUCGACGUGUUUGUGUGGUUCGGCUGGGCCAACUCCUCCCUCAACCCCAUCAUCUACGCCUUCAACGCCGAUUUUCGCAGGGCCUUCUCCAUCCUGCUGGGCUGCCACAGACUGCACCCAGGAGGCCACAACAUAGAGACGGCCAGCCUAAACAAGAAGUGACUCAUGACUCGCGCGGCUCUGACUCGUCUGUUUUUAUUCUACAGCCCGCCCUGAAUUGUUUUAAAUGAGGACGCAGCUGUUUGUGCGUCGGAGCUGACUCUUACCGUGACUGAAGGGGUAAUGUGACACUAUGCAUGUCCGUGUUUUAGGUGAGUGUGAGUUGCUGCGCUCACCGUGUCUUGCAAAGAAAAAAAAAGAGACAGAGAGGAUUUGGGAUUAAGAUUCUGCUGUCCUGCAAGGGGUCUGAGAGUGCACCGACAUGCUGUGGGGUUAGAUAAUCCCAGGACUGGGCAGUGUGCACGCUGUCAGACACCGCUGUCCUCCUACACCAACAUUCAAACACAAAGCACUUUGGUUGGGUAGACUGGAGCUGUAUAAGUACACUCCAAAGACACAGCAGCAUUUUCCAAAACAUAUUCCUCUACGUGCAGUUCUGCUCACAGAAAUGCUUUAAUACAAAAAUCCUUUGCAGGGACUCUGGAGGUAAAACAUCAAACCAAAUCCUGUUUGGCACAAUGUGCAGAUUUGAUAUAUUCACAAGUGACUUAACUUCACAGGCAGAAUGAGGAAAAAAAUGUUUAAAAUGAAACUCUGYAAAAGUAAAAACUACGAUCUGUUUAUUUUUAUGUAACAGUAUUCAAGUGUGAAAAGGUGAAGCUGUCUCAUAGCUGAUGUGAAUUUGUAAGGGAUGCUUCAGCUCUUUGUGUGGUCCUGUGUAAAGGUAAUGAAUGGUUAAUAUCUUAAAUGUUGUAGAUAGCUCCUUGAAAAACCUCAGUUUGGAGAAGCUGAGUUCAGUUCUGUCUGAAUUGAACUUUUGAAACUUUUUGAAGCAGGAGAGACACCAAAAAAAAGAUCAAUGCUGCCUAAAAAACACUUUAAUAAMAAAAAGGAUUGCUGAUUGCUGUUUCAAGCAAUAUGAGCAUCAGCUAGCUGUAGCACGUCUGGUGCAGCUAAUGUCUUACAGAAUAACUGUGUAAUAAAGACGGCUUUUGCAUCAGCUCCAAUGAAACUUUCGAGUUUGGAGUUGUUUAUUGAAAGUAAAAGUCAGUUUGGAAGUUGGUCAAACCAGCCASACAGCUAUAGUCUGAGCAGGUUCAAACCAGACUGUGUCAACCUGAAACAGCUCAUCUUUUGUAGUGAUUUAUGAAAAUGCUGAUAUUAAAACC